CCUGGUGGGCUGCCAACUGCAAGCCCUUGGGGGAAGGAGGACGUGGACUGAGCUCAGCUCAAAGCACAGCAAGACCAAUGGCUUCAGUGUCGACUCAUGAGGACCAAGAGAAAGGACCCCAUUUGCCACCACACAGCAAGCAGCUUUCCUUGCAGAGCCUGAUAUUUUGUCCAAAAUCCAAACUCCACAUGCACAGAGGAGAGAUCGCAAAGAUUAUUAAAGAAUGCCAAGAAGAAAGUUUCUGGAAGAGAGCUCUGCCUUCUUCGCUUGUAAGCAUGCUUGUCACUCAAGGACUAAUCCACAAAGGUUAUUUAGCACCUAAUCCAAGAUUUGGAUCAUUGCCUAAACUUGCACUUGCUGGGAUCUUGGGAUUCGGGCUUGGAAAGGCCUCCUACAUAGGAAUAUGCCAGAGUAAAUUCCAUUCUUUUGAAGAUCAACUCCGUGGAGCUGGAUUUGGCCCACAGCAUAAUAGGCACUGCCUGCUGACCUGUGAGGAAUGCAAAAUUAAGCACGGAUUAAGUGAGCAGAGAAGUUCACAGCCUUCGGCUACUUAAUCUCCAUCUGUGGAUUUUGAAGUUUCUUAAAACUCGGGAUUUGUACACAUUUAAAUUUCCAAUGUACUUAAAAAUAACAAACUUUCAGUGACCCCCGAACCAGGAUGAUUCCCGGACUCUUGUUGAUGUGCUUUCCAAUGAACGGCUCUUAAUGAAAUCACAGUUUCCAGCAGGGCUCAAUUCAUGCUUUUUCUGUUAUUUGCAAAUACAUUAGGAGACCUUACACACCAUAAAAAAAAAGCGAUGCUACAGACCCACUUAAUUACAUAAAAGUAAAAGAAUUUAGUCUUCUCUGA